UGAAUCAAAAAUUGAAAAGUGAGUUUGAUGAACUUGACGAUUUGAUAAUCGAUUUGAUGAUGAAUGGUGAAAUCGAUGACCCUAUGAAUGCAAAUGAAUUUGUGGAAAUUGAUGCUGAUGUCGCUUUUGAGAUGCCGUCUGACAGUGAUAUAAUCUGUACUGUCAAUAAGAAUGACCGCCCCCCUCAAGAAGAAGUAUUACUAGUGCCUAGGGUUACAGACAAUGAGGCUUUGAAAGCUCUUGAUUUGGUUGAGAUGUACCUUUUGCAAAAACUCGAGGAUUUGGUUAUAACUAAUAAAGAUAAAAGUACUAUUCAUUGGCUGAGAAAGAAG